GAAGAGGCGGGACUUCCCUCCCGGAAGUGACCCACGUGCUUCCGCCUUAUCUUACCUGGUCGCACGGUGAGUUUCUACUGUUUGCCUGAAGUUGGGGACACCGCGGGCAUUGUGACUGGCCGCGGGCCGUGGACUAGGAGGCCAGAAGGAGAUCUCUUCCACGGUGCAGGGCUGAGAUGGAUCCGCUCAGGGCCCAGCAGCUGGCUGCGGAGCUGGAGGUAGAGAUGAUGGCUGAUAUGUACAACAGAAUGACCAGUGCCUGUCACCGGAAGUGCGUGCCUCCUCACUACAAGGAAGCAGAACUGUCCAAGGGCGAAUCUGUGUGCCUGGACCGCUGUGUCUCCAAGUACCUUGACAUCCAUGAGCGGAUGGGCAAGAAGUUGACAGAGUUGUCUAUGCAGGAUGAAGAGCUGAUGAAGAGGGUGCAGCAGAGUUCUGGGCCCGUGUGAGGCCCCAGACAGUAUACACCCCAAGGUGCGCCCUGCCCCUUCCCACUUGUCUAAUAAAAGUGCCCCCAUUGGGUGUCAUCUGUGAAGACUGCUGGGCCUCGGCUCUCCCUCGGGAGAGCCUCCAGGAGCCCAGGAUAUGGUAGAGCUACUUUCCUGGUUGAAGAAGGGGUAUUUGUCACACUGCGAUGUGACUGUGUAUGUACGUGUAUGUGUGUGUGUGUGUGUGUAUAUAUAUGUAUAUUAAAACAGGUUUCUUGACACCUAC